AGCCAUCGCCGAAGCUCUCUUUUUGCGCUCAUUCUGUCUGCGCUCCACCGCCAUCACCUCUCUUUUACUUGAACUCAGUUCAAGUUCAAGUUCAACCGAAGCUUCGUCACCAUGGUUCAGCGAUUGACUUACCGCCGCCGCCACUGCUACGCCACUAAGUCUAAUCAGACUCGCGUUGUCAAAACUCCAGGUGGCAAGAAUGUAUUCCAGACCGCUACUAAGAGGGCUAGGGGGCCCAAGUGCCCAGUCACUGGAAAGCGCAUCGCUGGGAUUCCUCAUUUGAGACCUACGGAAUAUAGGACAUCCCGUCUUCACAGGCACAAGAAGACUGUGAACCGGGCCUAUGGUGGCAACCUGGCUGGUUCUGCAGUGCGGGAGCGCAUCAUUCGCGCUUUCCUUGUCGAGGAGCAGAAGAUUGUGAAGAAAGUACUGAAGAUCCAGAAGUCAAAGGAGAAAUUGGCUGCUAAAACUCAGUCUUAAGUGGUGAGAUUAGAGUUUUGUACUAUUCAAUGAGCACUUGGCGAAUGACAUUUUGUCGGAUAGAGGACUUUCCAUCCCUUUUCUUAUGAUCAAUUGAAAGCUACCUGGCAUUUUAAUCCUCUUUA